GUUUAAUUUUCUACCGACCAUUAGAUUGAUCUAAUGAAUAAAAUUUGAAGAAGGAGAGAGAAGUAGAAAACUUUGAAGGAGAGGAUCCGUCCGGUUCUACUCUCUGCUUUGUUUCACUCUCUUUUUCAGUAUACGGCGGCGGCGCAAGAACGAUAAACAAACAAACAUGUUGGACAUCAACCUAUUCAGGGAAGAAAAGGGUCACAACCCCGAACUCAUCCGUGAAUCCCAACGCCGUCGUUUUGCCAGCGUCGAAGUCGUUGAUGAAAUCAUCAAUCUCGACAAAGAAUGGCGAAAACGUCAAUUCGAGUUGGAAAAUCUCCGCAAAGAAGUCAACAAGAUCAACAAAGAAGUUUCCAAACUCAAGCGUGCUGGUGAAGAUGCAACCAAGCUCAUUGCUGAUUCUGAAGAGACUAAGAAGAAGAUAGCUGAGAAAGAGGUGGAGGCUAAGGAAACUCUAAGCCUUUUGAAUACCAAAUUGGAAACUAUUGGAAACCUAAUCCAUGAUUCUGUUCGAGUUGACAAUGAUGAGGCCAAUAAUGAAGUCAUUAGAACAUGGGGGGAGAAAAGGGUUGAGCCUAAACUCAAGAAUCAUGUGGAUCUAGUUGACCUACUUGGGAUAGCUGAUUUGAAGAAAGGAGCUGAUGUAGCUGGAGGUAGAGGUUACUACCUCAUAGGAGAUGGUGUUCGUCUUAAUCAAGCUCUAAUCAACUUUGGGCUUGAGUUUUUAGAGAAAAGGGAAUAUACUUUAUUACAAACUCCUUUCUUCAUGAGAAAAGAUAUGAUGUCCAAGUGUGCUCAAUUAGCCCAAUUUGAUGAAGAACUUUAUAAGGUAACUGGUGAAGGAGAUGACAAAUAUCUGAUUGCAACAGCAGAGCAGCCACUUUGUGCAUAUCAUAUAGAUGAUUGGAUCCACCCUACCCAGCUACCCCUAAGGUAUGCUGGAUAUUCAUCUUGCUUUAGGAAAGAAGCUGGAUCUCACGGUCGAGAUACUCUAGGAAUAUUCCGAGUUCACCAAUUUGAGAAAGUGGAACAGUUUUGUAUUACUUCCCCAAAUGACAAUGAUUCAUGGGACAUGCAUGAGGAAAUGCUUAAGAACUCUGAGGAGUUUUACAAGGCGUUGAACAUUCCAUAUCAAAUUGUUUCCAUUGUAUCUGGUGCUUUAAAUGAUGCUGCAGCAAAGAAGUAUGAUCUUGAAGCAUGGUUUCCAGCUUCUCAAACUUACAGAGAGUUGGUAUCCUGUUCAAAUUGUACAGACUACCAGGCCAGAAAAUUAGAAAUUCGAUAUGGUCAGAAAAAGAGCAAUGAGCAGUUGAAGCAAUAUGUUCAUUUGUUGAACUCUACUCUCACUGCUACUGAAAGGACCAUUUGCUGCAUACUAGAGAACAACCAAAAGGAGGAUGGGGUAGAGAUACCAGAAGUCCUCAGGCCAUUCAUGGGUGGAAAGACUUUCCUACCCUUCAAGAACCAACCGAGUAAUGAAGCCAAAGGGAAGAAAUCGAAGGCCUAAUUGCAUUAUUUUUAGUCUGAAUGAUAUUUAUGAAGAGCUAGUUUAGAAUUAUAGGUUAUGACCAAUGUUAUUCCUUCCAUCAUAACCUGUUUUCAACUGCUUCCAUCCCCUUCUCGUUGUAUGCUUUAAUUAAAUAGUAAAUUAUCUUUAAGGAACACAAUAUUUUGCAGAAAGGACGUAGUUGGCAUUAUCUGUAACUCUAUUCAUUUAUAAACUGUGUGCUCUAUUAUUCACUU